AAUCCCGUCCCCGUCACGAAUCCCGUGUCUACUGCAUUCGCCUGUCGAGCUGAGGUGGAGGCAGGGGACGUAUAAAAAUGGCCGCCCUUAAAAUGUUUCCGAAGUCCGUAGCUCCGGUUCGAUAUUUUUUAUCAAUAAACAGAUGGAUAGAGAUCAGUUUCAAAAAUAACUACAGCGUUUUUCCUUCAUAUUAUGUAAAGCCGGUUUUUAGAAAAGAACAACAAUCACUGCUGGAAGGAACUGAAGAGGGUGAAAAAUUAGCUCAUACACCAAUAAAACCUGCCAAAAAUCAUCAAACUAGUUCAGCGUUCUAUGAUGAUCUUACUAGACAAUUCACCAACUAUAUAAUGGAAGGUGGUCGGAAAGUCUUAGCACGCCAGUUGCUUGAGUCAACAUUUGAAAAUAUUAAAAGGCUUCAGUUGGAACGAUACAACAAAGCGAAUCCCUCUCAACAAGCACUUAUAGAAGUAGAUCCCAAAGUGAUCUUCCAUACUGCUGUUGAAAAUUCCAAACCACUCCUCAAACUCACCUCGAUCAGAAGAGGUGGUGUCACCUACAAGGUUCCAGUACCAAUAUCUGAUAAGAAUGCACAAUGGGUAGCUAUGAAAUGGCUGCUUACUGCUGCCAAAGAUAAGGAUCGUAAGAUUCAUCUUCCUGAAAAGUUGGCCUGGGAACUUAUUGAUGCAUUCAAUAAUCAAGGCCGCGUUAUCAAGCAGAAGCAAGACUUGCACAGACAAUGCGAAGCAAAUCGAGCCUACGCUCAUUAUCGAUGGAGCUAAACACUUAGUUUAUGGAAAUCCCCUUGUCAAGUAUUUCAUUCAAAGUCCUUAGGUAUCAUAAAAUCCAUGAUUCUUAUACCUGGCGAUCCACUUUCUUCCAUCCUUGAUCUAAUUCUUGCAUUCAUAAGAUCAAUUUUUCGAAUUCUGAGAUAUUUCAAGCCCCAAGGAUUUGAAUACUCUCAGCAACGAUAAGAUAUACAAUGAAUAACGAGCUGUUUCGUUUGCAGAAAAUUUAUUCAAUGUACAUAACAUAUUAGAAUCUAAUCUAUUAUUCAAGUCAGGACAGUAUCUCCAAACACUAGUCGAAACUUUUCAUAAUUGAGAAUAUUUGCACCCUUGAUGUUAAACUUUAAAGUCUCUUUACUAGAAUAACGCCUUAAUUCGUAAUAAAAAGGAUUCAAUGGUGAAA